UCCCUACGUCAUCAUUCGGACUCGAGACUGUAGGAACCGGUUUACUUUGUGAAUAAAGUUACUUCAGAUAUUCCGCUAAGUAGCAGCCGGUGUUUGGCAGAAAUCUCAGUAUAAAUCGUUACGGUUGUCUUCGCGCCUGUUUUCAGUGGAAAUAAUCUGCUGCUGAAGAUUUCACCGACCUGAAAGUUGGAGCUCAGUGUGGCUGUGGAAGCUCAGCGCGGCCAUGUGUCAGGUGGACGAAGACUACGGAGAGCUGGAGCGCGCCGCCGUUCCUAGUGUUUCUAAGAAAUGUGUCAAAUGCAAAGAGGCGCCUGCAGCUUUGGUCAUCAGAGCAGGAGAUGCAUACUGCAGGGUCUGUUUCAAGGAUUACUUUAUUCACAAGUUCAGAGCUAUGCUGGGCAAAAACAGAGUCAUCUUCCCCGGAGAGAAGGUGCUGCUGGCUGUAUCUGGAGGUCCUUCUUCCUGUUCGAUGCUCAGACAAGUUCAAGAGGGUCUGAGUCAGAAUGCUAACAAGAAGUUGCGGUUCUUGCCUGGUAUUGCCUACAUCGAUGAGGGUGCUGUGAUCGGUCAGUCAGUGGAUGAGAGACAGAGGACGGUGUCUGAGCUUCAGGCACUGUUUAAAGCUACCGGUUUCCCCUUCUACAUCCUGCCUCUGGAGCAGGUUCUGGACCUUCCCAGUUCAGUUGUGGCGACUGCUCCGUCACCCUCAGAGCGACCUGCCACAGCCUACAAAGCAGCCGUGGAUCACUUCGUUCAGAGCGAUGGCGCCAACUUGUUGACACAACCAGAGGAACUGGAGGAGAAACCUCUGCCUCUGGUUCAGGAGUCCCGCACACGUUUGCUGCAGCAGCUGAUUGGCUCUGUGAACACACUGACGGCCAGAGAAGAUCUGCUAAACAGAUUAAGGCAACAUCUGCUGGUGCACACAGCUCGCACUGAGGGCUACAGUAAACUGAUGCUGGGAGACAGCUGCACCAGACUGGCUGUUAAACUGCUCACCAGUAUAUCACUGGGCAGAGGAGCACAGCUGGCUCAGGACACAGGCUUCUUGGACUCCAGAUAUGGUGACAUAAUCUCAGUGAGACCAAUGAGGGACUACUCAGCCAAAGAAAUAGCUUACUACAACCAUAUAUUCAGUGUGCCUUCUGUUGUAAUACCAAGUCUGGACACUAAGAAAACUGACAAGGCCAGCAUCCAGCGUCUGACAGAGCACUUUGUCACUAAACUGCAGGCAGACUUCCCCUCGACAGUCAGCACCAUCUACAGGACCGGUGAGAAGCUGCAAAACGCAUGUAGAAAAUCCUCUGCAGGGGACCACUGUGACAGAUGUCUGCUGUGUAUGUGCACCCUGGACACUGCUGUGGAGAAGGCAUCGGCCUUCCAGGCCACACUGAUUUCAGAUCAGCUGUCCAGGACUAAAUCUAAAGGAGGCAGCAGUACUGAAAUCCCAAGACAAAGCCCAGGGAGGCCAGAAUCAGCUGCUCCCGCUGGACUGUGCUGUUCCUCUGCAGGAGGACUCGACUGUGGGAGGUCAGCACGUGGUGGAGGUUACUGUUCUUCCAAGUAAGUGUUGAUUUAGUGUGUAUCCGAUUUAUUUCUAAC